AUGUUUCGUAAAUCUAUCUACAGAGUAGUCCCGGUCAGCGUUAGUAGAGGAUUCUACCCUCGCUAUUCCACUAUCGCAAAUGGGUCGAGGAAUACCAGUACGUCAACUACUUCCGGGGACCCCCUUGCCUGCCAAACCGAUAAUCCAGAACUCAAGCACCUCAGCGAGAAGCUCGACUACGGGUUCAAGCGGAUUGACGACCAGCUAGCCCAAAUGGACCAAAUAGUGAAGCGAGUGGACGAGCAUUUGUCCAAAAGUAGGGUCGAAAGCACUAGUAGUACUACAAAUGCAAAGAGCGAUGGAUACAAGUAUAAUUAUUCGAAUGUUGACAACUAUAACUCCUUUUUAGUUGGCAGUAUUUUUACCAUGGUCGUGGUGGGACUCGGAUUUGAAAUUCUAACUCUCCAAUCGCUCGCCCGUUUUAAAUGA